AUGUCAGACGGCAAGUCCCAAAUUAAAAUCAGAUUCUUCACCCGUGAAAAGGAUGAAUCCUUACAGGUUCAGGACACUCCUAUGUACGUCCCAAUCCAAUUGAAAAGAUAUGGUCUGUCUGAAAUUGUCAACCAUCUGUUAUCUACGGAACGUUCCGAUGAAGAUGUAGCCACUACUCCAUUUGAUUUUUUGAUUGAUGGUCAAUUAUUACGUUCUUCUCUAGACGAUUAUUUAGUAAAGAAUGGUCUAUCUUCUGAAGUUUCCUUAGAUAUUGAGUAUACCAGAGCAGUUCUUCCACCUUCUUAUCUAUCUAGUUUUAGUAACGAGGAUUGGAUCAGUUCCAUCGAUGUUACCUCCGGUAUUGAGGUUCCACAAAGAUCCAUUAUUACUGGUUCUUACGACGGGAUUGUGCGAACUUGGAAUCUAAGUGGUCAAGUAGAGAAGAUGUAUAGUGGUCAUUCCGCUCCUAUUAGAGCUGUCAAGUUUUUGUCCAAUACUAGAAUUGUGUCAGCAGGUAACGAUCGUACUUUACGUAUAUGGAAGACCAAGAAUUCCCCAGUUGGUGCCACUAACAAUCACGAGGAUAUGGAUGAUGAAUUGGCUGUUGAGGAAGGUAAAACACUAGCUAUCCUAGAAGGUCAUGGUGCUCCAGUUGUCUCUUUAGAUGUGUCUAAUGAAACAUCUAGGAUCAUUUCCGCUUCAUAUGAUAAAUCUAUUGGUCUUUGGUCUACAGAUUAUAAAGCCAUGAAUGCAGUAGAUUCUAUGGAAGAAUUAACCAAAUCAACAAACAACAAAGUAUCUACAGCAGCCAAAAAGAGAAGAAAGUUGGCUCUAAAGGAUGGUUCCAUUAGAAGAAGAGCACCAUUAUCACUACUAGAAUCUCAUACAGCCCCAGUGGAACAAGCAAUUUUUGACCGUAAUGAUAAUACAGUAGGUUAUUCCGUAUCUCAGGAUCACACUAUUAAGACCUGGGAUCUUGUCACUGCUCGUUGUGUCGACACUAAGACUACAUCUUACUCAUUAUUGAGUAUUGCACAAUUAAGUUCUUUAGGGCUAUUAGCUUGUGGUUCCAGUGCUAGACACAUUACAUUGCAUGAUCCUCGUGCCGACUCCAGUUCUUCUAAGAUUACUCAACAACAAUUAAUUGGCCACAAGAACUUUGUAGUCUCUUUGGAUACUUGUCCUGAAAACGAGUACAUGUUAUGUUCUGGUUCUCAUGACGGUACUGUCAAGGUAUGGGAUGUGAGAUCUACAGCCCCAAUGUAUACUAUCACAAGGGAAGAUGGUGAGACUAAAGAUAAGGUCUUUGCUGUUAAAUGGGCUGAAAAGGUUGGUAUCAUCAGUGGUGGUGAGGACAAAAAAGUACAAAUAAAUAAAGGUGAUAACAUCUUCAAGAGUGAACAAUAA